AUGCCUGAAGCUCCCAACGAUGUCAUCAAGUUAACCCGACUCCACACCAACCCAAAGAAGGGUCACAAGCUCGGCUCAGCUUUGGCAACAUGGAAGAAGAUCAAAUCGGCUGCCGCUGCUACUGGUACUGCUGCUGCUGAAACUGAGUCAACUUCUACUGAUGAGCUUCUAAGUGAUCUAAGUACGGAAAACUCACUCUUUGAGUACGGUAAGAAUGGCGAGAUCAUCAUCGUCUACCGUGACAGCCGAAUCUUGCAAGUCUGGGACUGGAAAGCGCCUUCCGAGCAAACGAGAACUGAAUCGGAAACAUUGUACUUGAACUUCCAGACCAAGAUCGAAGUAAUGCCUUCAAAGAACCAGUUAUCGAUCAUAACGUUCAAGCUACUCGACCUACCUGUAAAUGAUCCCAACCUGAUCGCGGUCGUUUUACUUGUCAAAACACAAACUGAAACAACAGUUAAGUAUUCAUUGAUCACUAAGAAAAUCAACUUUUCUUCAUCUUUCCACAACUCCCAAGCUGUAGAAUUGUCCCCGGUUUUUCAAAACCUGACAGAUUUCUCGUUGAAAGCCAGCAAGAAGUUUGUCGUGGUCGCCAACAACGAAGGAUUUAUCUAUAUAUAUCGCUAUAAUGUUGCUGAUUUCAAAUUAACUCCAGCCAACGCCGACUUCAGCUUGCCGUCUAUACGAAAGAGCUCAACUCAACCCGUGAUCAGCAGACACCAUCUUCAGUCUGUAGGUGAUGGAGAUAUCCUUUUGCAGACCAGUUGUAACCAAGAUAACUGUCCAAUAUUUGAUAUCGAAGACAACUGGCUCGUCUACUCGCCUACAAAGUUCGAGUACAAACACUUGAAAGCCAUCAGUAGUUCCGCGCCUAGUGUUUCAGCGAACCCCAUGGCUCAGGAUCCAGUGAUAACUCUUCCGCUGAAUAACGAAACCGUAUCCACUCAUAGCAAUCUCUAUACUCCGGUGAAAUUGCCGGCUUCAGGGCCAUUGUUGAACAAACUAUUGUCAACAAUAUCAAACACCGCAUUAGAUGGACUUUUCCGGUUAUCUGAAAUCAGUUCUUCCAAGGUAAAGUCGUAUAUGAACUCAAAGAGUAAAGAAACCUAUAAGGCACCAACGAUUAAUUCUAUCAGCAAAUCGCUAGGUAAACUCUUGUAUUCUACAGCUUCUACUACAGCUACAACAUUAGAGAAUAGCACGAGAAGCUUAAAACCCAACAACAACCAGAUUAUCAAAGUCAUAGAUCUUUCCAACGACAAGGUUUUAGGCGUCUUCAAGCCUUUGGGAGGUGUUUCCAACGUUUCGCUCUCGCCUUACGACUUACAUCUUGUACAUUCGAACUAUAGAGGAGACACUUUGUUCAUGUGGGAUUUGUAUAGAUUGCCCAGUGAAGUGUCCUUGAUAGGCAAGUUCACCAGAGGAAAGACAUCAGCUAUCAUUGAAGAAAUCUUCUGGUUCAACAACAACUACGGAGAUCAAAUUAAUAGUAGUAGUUCUGGAAACUCAAAUAACGAGCCUAGCAUCAAGGGUAUGAACUCGGGCUUUGGGUGUAUUACCAAGUCUACUGGUUCUGUUCAUUGGUUCAACAUCAACUACUUGUCUGGUAAUAUGAACAACAAUUUCCCCAACAGUCUAAAUAAGGAGAAGGUGCGAAGAAAUCUGCAAUCGAGCCAGUUCUUGGACUCGUGGAUUUUGUCGUCGUUGAAAGCUCGCAGAUUUGUUGCUUUGCCUGAACUUUGUAACUCCAUUGCACCCACUGCAUCCUUCGGGGACUCUGAUCCUGGAUGUGUAGCAAAUCGUCUUGCUAUUAACCAGUUGGCAAUUAUCGAUAGCGAUAACCAGUUGAAGCUCAUCUCGACUUUGAAUGGAAGACAUCUCUACAAGUACGAGUUGCCUAUUGCGCCAGUAGCUGAAUCGUUCAUACCUUUUAAUUCUCGACGGGCAGAAGCUAAAGUGGAAGAUAGCAAGGAUCGCGUCAAUCCGUUAUCACAGGCUGAGAUCGAAACGAGUGUCCCUUUCUUGAACUUGAUCAACAACAAGAACAUCGAGUUUGCUGUGUUUUCUUUUGAAGGAGAGGAAGGAGAUAGAAACAACUUUUUCCACUGCUUCAAGGAGUUUGGCAACGAUGUUCCAGAAAAGGUGAUCAAGUUUGAGAAUGGAAACCAUCGGUCAAAUAAGAUAAUCUUUGACUUGAAGAAGGACGAAGACGUAAAGCCCGAGGACAGAUUGGCAUUGCUCGAUGGGUUGUAUAUUGACCAAGGUGAAGGAAGCAUCGAAGCCCAGAGCAGUCCUGUUGUAGAUGACCAGUAG